AGGGGGCUCCCUCCAAGGCCCCAGCAUAGCCAGUCAGGCCCCGGCGUCCUGGGAGAGCUGGAGGCCGAGCGCGGCGCAGGGGCCAGCCGAGGGUCACGUGAGGUUAUUCGUGGUGAACUCUGGAGCCGCUGCCGCUCCGGAGGUCGUUUAACUGUCGUGGGGGAGGAACAGCACGGACCUUUGAGACAUUGAAUUCCAAGGAAUACAACAAUGACACCUAUAGUAGUUGUUCUCUAAGUGGGUGCAGAAGUUGAUAGAUUUGCUGCAAUAUUCCAGAAGAAGAUGGCAACUCCGUAUGUCCCUGUGCCUAUUCCUGUAGGAAAUUCUUCAUCAAAUUUUACAACAAACAGAAGCCAAAGAAGUUCUUCUUUUGGGAGUAUUUCAACAAGUUCAAAUUCUUCCAAAGGCCAACCAGAAGACUCUAAUGUGGGUAGUUACAAAAAGACAUCUAUGCCUGAUCAGAUGGAUAACAAUUCAUCUGUGUGUAGCAGCCCUCUAAUUAGGACUAAAUUUACAGGUAUAGAAUCUUCCAUUGAAUAUUCUACUAGGCCAGUAGAAAAUGAAGACCAAAGUACAGAAUCUGUGAACUGGGAAGAAAGACCUUCUACACCUACUAUAUUGGGUUAUGAGGUGAUGGAAGAAAGGGCUAAAUUUACUGUAUAUAAAGUGCUAAUAAGAAGAAGCCCAGAAGAAAGCUGGGUUGUUUUCAGAAGGUAUACUGAUUUCUCUAGGCUGAAUGACAAAUUAAAGGACAUGUUUCCAGGCUUUCGGCUGGCCCUUCCACCAAAACGCUGGUUCAAAGACAAUUAUAAUGCUGAUUUCUUAGAAGAUAGACAGCUGGGACUUCAGGCAUUCCUACAGAAUUUAGUAGCUCAUAAAGACAUUGCUAACUGCCUUGCAGUAAGAGAAUUUCUUUGUCUGGAUGAUCCACCAGGUCCAUUUGAUAGCUUAGAAGAAAGCAGGGCUUUCUGUGAAACUCUAGAAGAAACAAACUAUCGAUUACAAAAAGAGCUACUUGAAAAACAAAAAGAGGUGGAAUCACUGAAGAAAUUGCUAAAUGAGAAACAACUGCAUAUAGAUACAAUAGAGAACAGAAUUAGGUUAUUGUCUUUAGAACAUGAAGAAACACUUAGAAUUUCAAGAGAAGGUGAAUGUAUUCGAAAGAUAGAGUCUUCUGCAAUUGAAGCAGAUCAAGAUAGCUUGGAUGAAAAAAACAGGUCUGAUAAGGUUCCCAAGAGUGGCUGGACAGAUUGUGAAUCUGAAAAAUCAAUAACUGAAGUGGAGGUAGCUGAAGUGGCCUACGCUGCUGAAGAAGAAGAAGAGUAAGAAAUCAGCAGCGACUGCUGCCAAAAUCUGAAGAUUUAGCAGUUUGGACUGGAUUAUGUUUUAGCAAAAACACUUAUUUAAAAACUAGAACAGGAAUUGUAAAGCAUUUACUGAAGAAGAAAAAAGGAUGCACAUUUGAAAUGUUUACAUAAACAAAAUCAUAACUUAUUGACAUAGGAAAUAUAUGCAAUGCUGCUUUUGAUUUGCUUUUAUCUAGCAUUUAUAUUUAAUAUAUUAAAAAGGUCUAGUUAGGAUUCUAUUAACCUAGACCCAUAUUCUUAAGUACUGUACAUAAAUGAUUAUGAUAUUUUGCCAAUAUAUUUUAAGCUAUAUGCAUAUUACAUAUAUAUAAAAUCACAAGUAAUAUUAGUCAAAUGGAAAUUACAUUUGUGAAGGCUACUUGUCUUAGACAUACUUUUAAUUGGUUAAAGUUAAAGGAAUUUAUUGUAAAAAUAUAAGAACAAUUUAAAACAAUGAUUUUACGUACCUUAAAUUUAAAAAAAAUUUUUUUUUUCAUUUUAAUGCUUUAAAGAAAAAAAAAACUUGUUGGUAUAAAAUUAAAAGUUCCUUAAUAGUUAUGAUUGACUCUCCCUUUAAGGUUCUGGGAAAGAAAGUAAUAAAAGGUAAAAUAACUAAUUCAUUGGUAUCCAGAUAUUGUAUUAUCUACACCCCUCAUUGUUAUAAUUCUGUAUUGUGUUUUUCAUUCAAUACUUUAAUAUCUCAUCUUGAACUGUAGAUUUAAUGAGCUUGCCUUUUCCCCAAACUACUACCUCUUCUUGCUAAUUAAGAUACGCUCUUUUGAAAAUGUAUUCUAGAUAAUCUGAAGAUAACUGAUUUAUAACCAAAAGAGAAAGCCAUACUUUCUGCCGGGUUAAUAACUAGUUUGAUCUGAUUGCAGUGUAGUUGAGAUGUUUUAGUAUGUUAUAGCCUAUUUUUUCCAAAAUGUAUUUAUUUAGCCAAGUGAUGCACUUUACAAUAAUUAAAACUCCUUUGUGCCAAGUUUAAUUGGUUAACUUCAUUAGAGAGAGGAGUUAGGAAGAAAAGAUUAUGUAGUGCCUUUAAUAUUUUACUAUUACAGAAGUCUUAGAAUUCUUUGGAUCAGCUUUGUGAAACUUCUUUAAUGUUUAUUUUGGUCCCUGCCUUUAGUUAUUGGAAGUGCCUUUGUUUUUUUUUUCUCCAGUGAGAAGUUGUUCCAUGUUUUUUGUCCAUACUGUUUGCUUAGUGCUAUUAAUGCUAGCAUGACUAUGAUGCAUAGUUUGAAAACUAAGUCAGUAUGUUAGGCUUUGUACUUAUAUAUGUAUGUGUGUGUUGUUUUUUUCUAGAAAUAGAAACUGAUAAAUAAAAUUAUGACUGCAUUUUUUAAA